AUGUUCUCGGAGUUGUUGGAGAGGAGGAAUAUGCCACCCUCAAACAGGGACCAGAUGAUGGCGCAACCAAUGGAGACGAAGUGGAAGCUGUUACAGAAUGAUAUGUCUAUGAAUGGGUCUGGGGAUGCGAAAAAGCGGGAGUCGGGAAGUAAGAAGAACAAGGAGUUUGAACGUGGUGAAGCUGGGUCAGCACGGUACUUUGUCCAGCGCAUCCUUACCAACCAAAUCACGAUGAAGGAGUUUCAGAGUUUAGGAGUCUCGUUACGCACGGAAUCAAUGAGCUGGUUACGAGCAUUUAUCGACAACCAGGGUCAAGUUGCCCUCACGAAGGUCUUAUCCCAGAUUAACCAUCGAAACACGAAGCGUGACGACGAUAUCGCCCGAGAAUACGAGAUCAUCAAGUGCCUGAAAUCGUUACUCAACAACCAGUAUGGAGCCGAGGACGCCGUGCGACAUCAGUCCUGCGUGUAUGCUAUCACUUCUUCCAUUGGGUCAAACUACCUUCCCACAAGAAAGCUUGUUGCGGAAGUUCUCACGUUCUUGUGUCAUUGGGAUAAGCCAAACGGACACCAGCGUGUCUUGACGGGGUUUGAUCAGAUGAAGGAGCGGGAUAAUGAGAUUGGGCGUUUCGAUGCUUGGAUGAGGCAGCUGGAGGUUUCCAUCGACGGACGUGGGAAGUUUGGCAGUUUGGUCGGAGCAAGCGAGGAGAUGAGGAAGGGUGGCUUGGGGAUAGACAGUAUCCUUAUGGAAUACUCUCUGGCAAACUUGUUCUUGAUCAAUGCGAUUGUGAUGGGAGCGGAGGAUGUUAGAACGAGGAUGUUGAUUCGGUCGCAGAUGAAGUCCUAUGGACUCCAGCGAAUUUUAAACAAGAUGCGCGAAUUCAAAUACGACCUCGUAGAGCGUCAAAUCGAGGCGUACGAGAACGACGAGCAGCUUGACACGGAAGAGGUCGGCGCGGAGGAAGAAGAGGAUGCGGUCGAAGUGAACGACAUAAACAAUCCCUAUGAGCUCGUCCACGGCAUCAUGCAGAAAGCCCAAGGUAAAUCUGCUGAACAGUUCUUCUUGAAUGCACUGCAGCACAUGUUUCUCGUCCGCGGUGAGGAUGAAGAACGGGCGAGGUUGUUCCAGCUCGCGGAUAGUGUGAUGGGGUAUAUGUUUCACUCAGGUCGGAAUUUGGUGAAUGAUCCACUGAAGGGGAUCAACAUCGGUAUCGGACUGGUUCUGGAUCGUAUGAAGACGGAUGAGGAAGUCCGUCAGGCCUACGAAGAAUCGAGGAGAGCGAGGGCACGCGCGGAGCAGGCAGAGGCGGAGCGUGAUGCGAUGGAGAGGGAGGUCGCGUUGGGCGCGGAUGGUCUUGUUGCGCUUCUGAAAAAAGAGAACGAGGAGCUCCACGAGGUCCUGGAGAGUCAGCGCCGGCGAAACGAGACGCUCCAAGAGGAACUUGACCAAACCAAACAGAAGUACCAGGACUUGCUUCAGACGAGCGAGGUGGAGACACGUGAGUUGUACCUUAUGGUUAAGCAGAACCCGGCUGUUCGGGAUUUACUCAGUGCUGAUCGGAAGGCGUUGACGGAUAAGCUGGAGAGGCAGUUGCAGCGAACUAUGACUGUCGCUAAGCUGGAGGGACGCAUGUGGAAACAGGAUUCGAACAUGAGUGCUAAGUUGAUGCAUUUGCGCAACAAGAUGGACAUGAAUGGUCUUGACAAGGUGCAGGGCGAUGCUAGGGAUUUGCAUGACAGGCUUGGAGAGGAGAGCUCAGACGAGGAUGAUGGUGGCAGUAAUCAGGGCCAGGACCAGCAGUUGUCGCCUACAUCACCAGGCUAUGGCCGUGAACGGACCCCCAUCCCGUCUUUCCAGAGGUUCGGUCCUGGGGAAGAGCCACCUGCGUCGCCGAUGGAUGAGGAGACCUUGGCGAUCUAUGAGAAACCGAGGAUCAUGCAGUUUCGUCGGCCUAAGCCGAUGGGUGCAAGAAAGGCGAACUUCCUUCUGUGUGAUCAGGCGAACCGACAUAGUCGGGCGGGCUCUGUUGAUGAGAGUGGUAGCGUGAAUGGUGAUGAGGAUGAACCUUCUGGUCAUACGAGGAAGGUCAGCGUUGCUGAAAGAGCGGAGCAGAUGGGACCUUUGCUGUCGGGACCGCUUGCCGCUCAGCCGUCUGCCGAUGCGGAUACUGGAUCAGCACCACCGGCACCAGCACCAGCACCACCACCUCCACCGCCGCCGGCCCCCCCUAUGCCUCCCACUCUCGAUGGUUCCCGCGCUGUCACUUACGAGCGUGGAACGAAGUUGAAGCCCAUGCAUUGGGACAAGCUUGACGCUGGUCUUGAGUAUACUUUGUGGGCUAAUCACAAGCUCGAUGCGAAUGAACUCUGCAUCCAUUUGCGGAAAAGGGGUCUGCUGCAGGAAUUCAUCGACAGCGCGUUCACUGCAAGGCAGGCGAAGUCGUUGGCAGCGCUCGGUAAAAAGGCGAAGAAGGAGGAAAAGCACAUUCUUGACGACAGUCUUUUGCAGCAAGUUGAAAUCUCCUUCCGUACCUUUGCGGAUGUCGCAGCCGACGAUAUUGUUAAGAUGAUCAUGAGGUGCGACAAGGCCGUCAUGGACAACACGACUUUGCUCGAGUUUAUGUCGAAUCCUAAGCGUGUCGAGUUUUCCUUGAAGCUCAAUAAUGAGAUGGAGAAGUACCUGUCCAAAAACGGUGUUCCUCCUGCUAAGAAUCCCGAUGAGCUGCCGAAAUGGGAUCGCGUAUACUUUGAGCUGUUCUUCAAAUGCAGGCACUACUGGACUGCUCGUAUGAACGCCUUGGAGGUGGCACGUAACUUUGAGACCGACUACACACGUCAUGUGGAGAAGCUACGCGUCAUUGACAGUGCCGCUCACGGUAUGAAGACGUCUCAAGCCCUUGUCGAGUUCAUGAACGUUAUUCUCGGUUUGGGCAACUACAUGAAUGACAUGAGGAAGCAAGCCGCGGGUUUCAAGUUAUCAUCCUUGUCACGCCUCGUGUUUACGAAGGACGAGAAGAAUGUUCGCUCAUUCCUUCAUGCUAUUCAGUGGAUUUUCGAGAAGGAAUGGCCCCAAGUACAACAACGCUGGUUGGAUGACACCAAGGACGUCGCUGAGGCAGCUAAGUUGGACGUGAACGCUGUCAAGCAAGAUGCAGAGGCGUACUAUACACGCAUCUUCAACCUGAAGGCUUCGCUUGAGCGAGGCGCCUUGAGUGAUCACUCCGUCUUCCAUGAGGAUGACGAGGUCACCAGAGUCGUUACUCCCUUAUUAAAGAAGGCGCUGGACAAAGCUUCGAUGAUGCAGGAUUACGUCUCUGCCACUACGCUAAGUCUUGACCGCGUCAUGAAGUACUUCGGUGAAGAUCCGUCAGAUGCUUUGGGUCGCAAGUUAUUCUUCCCCGGCUUCAACGCUUUCAUCAAUGAAUACAAGAAGGCGCGUAUGGAGAACAUGGAGUUUGCCUCGCAGGAGCGUCUCAGCCAAAGUCGAAAGAAGGUGCUUGAUUCUUCGGCUGAAGCCUCGCCGGUAUCUGAGAAGGCCAGCGAUGAGAAGGACGUCAUGGAUAAACUUCUCGAGAAUUUGAGGAAUACUCGUCCGACCCGUACCAGUAAAGCUCGCGGUGCUGCUGGCGGAAAGGGUUUGCGACGCACUACGUCUGGCAGGCACAUGAGAGCAGUAAGUGGUAGUGCCGCGCCGGACACUGUGGAUAGAAGCCUUUUGACGAUGACUCCUUCUGCCUCUUUGUCAGCAUUGUCAGCAACUGUUGAAGCAGCGGACGACAUCUCGCAACGUGCACGCAGUAUGUUGUCAGGAUUACGGGAAGAGAGGGUGUCAGGCUCAGACAGACCGGCUUCUAUCAGGGAGGAGAACGAUGAUGAUGCCGAUGAUGAGAAGGGCACCGCGUUGACUGCGGUUGAUACCAUUAUCGCAAAGGCCGGGGUGAGCUUUGUGGAGGGAAAGGAGGAUGAAGGAGAGGCCGGAGCAGAAGGUGGAGCGCUGGAUGCAGCGGAGCUGUUAAAGAGGUUGCAGAUGGGCGACUAA